CGAUUGAUUGGGCUAGUUACGGAAUCGGAACGUUCGCUUCAGUCGUCCAACGAGCGAAUUAGUGCCCAAUAAAUUACCAUUUUAAGAUGGGAGCUUUCAAUUUGAGGAUCUGCGCCCUGGCGGCCUGUCUUCUGCUGGCGUCGCAGGCCAGCGGCUACACGAUGGAGGAGAUGUGCGCCCAGUGGUCGGGCACCGGGUACGUGGGCAACCCGAGCAACUGCCGUGCCUGGGGCUACUGCCAGGGCCAGAAGCUGUUGGGUUGGGGCACCUGCCCCAACGACUACGUCUUCAACUCGCAGAAGGGGUCCUGUGGAUACGCCAACAGCACGGUGUGUGCCACCAGCGCGGUGGAUACCUGCAAGGCGGCCGCUUCGCCCAUGUACGUGGCCGACCCGCAGAACUGCACCCAGUACUGCUACUGCAAUGGCAAGGGAGACACCGAAUACGGGAACUGCGGCGUCGGAGGCGUCUACUCCGCCGGCACUGGCAAGUGCGUGUGGGGACCCACCUGCCCCCAGGACAACAUCUGCCGGUUCAUGUUGAACGGCAUCUACGUGGGCGACCCGGCCAACUGUGGCUCCUACAUUGCCUGCAACAAUGGCGUCGGCACGGCCGGCAAAUGCGGCACUGAUCUGACUUACAACCUGGCCAAUGGCUACUGCCAGACGACCAACAACUGCGACGGGGACAAUAGCAACAGUGGAUCCGACGGAGAGUUUACGAUUAAUGAACCAGACACCACAAUUUGCGCAAAGAACUGGGAAGCUGCAGAGUUUCCAAAAGUAGGCACAGUAACACAGACAUAUAAGUACGUUUCGGAUGAUACAACUUGCUAUGGCUAUUACUACUGUGCGACCAAAGAAGGCACUGGCUAUUGGAACGAGUGUCCUACCGGCACCCAAUUCAAUCAAGCGGCAGGAAAGUGCGUUUCACCGGCCUCAUUCAGUUGCGCCUACGACCGAUGUGGAAACGUGAAUUCUCAGUUCAUGACCGUUUUGAACAGCAAUUGCCAGAAGUACAAAAUCUGCGCCAGCUCCGUGGUUCAAUCAUGCCCCAACAACUUGUACUACGACGAGGUGUACAAUAUCUGCACAACCGAUGAGCCCACGUACGCGAUCUGCAAAGCAACGUAAUUCCCCUCUGUCUAUAUCCAAUGUCGAGAUGGCUGAUGCCGAGAUGGAUGUUUAAAAACGCACAUAAACUAUAUUCCUGGUCUUUACUGGGAAAGCAUUGAAAGAAGAAAACUAAUAAAAAUAAAAUCGACUUCGACCAA